UCGCCCUGAGCAAUGAACAAAAGGGACCACAUGUAGAUAUACAAUAUCUAGUAUCGAUUUAUGCUGUAGUUUAGAAUGGACAAUGCAUUCGACUUUCAAUCACUUCCUAUGAUCACACAAAUACGAUUGACAAGCUUCACGGGAGAAUUUGGAGGACAAGUUUGUUUAAAUACAAAUAAAAUCACUCCAAGGCAGCAGAAAGGGCCAACGUGCGGCCUUGUAGCCAUAUCUAUGUGCUUGGAACAUUUCGGGAUCAAAACUAAUCCCGAGACAAUACUCGAAAAAGCCAAAGAGAUGGGUUUCACGAAACAAGGAGAAAUGUACUCUGCUGAAUCACUGGCUUCUCUCACAAAUGAAUUCCUGCCAAAUUCUUCCAAAAUUCGAAAAAUGCCUUCCCCAAAAGAAUUUACUCAAUCCAUUUGUGAUGGGAAACAGAUGUUGAUUGCAUACGAUUGUGGUCCCAAUUAUCAGCCCGUUUAUGUGAGAGGACACUCUGCUCAUUGGUUGCUCGCUUGUGGAUUCGUAAAAAAGCAAGAAGUGGACGGGUUUGUCGAGACGAGGGAGACGGUGGCUGAAACCGACGAAAUUGCGAUCAUUGGUUAUCAAGGAAAAAGCACAAAUCUCAAUGUAUUUCCUUUCAACGAAGUCGUCGCCAGCAAUGCUCAACUUUUGGAAGCCGGUUUGAAACGAGAUCCGAGUGAAUAUAUAAUUCCCGACCCACAUAAUCUAUCUGAAAUUAGAAAUUGCGUAGUUGAAGUUUGUAUAAACAAUUGAGUGACAUGAUUUUAUAUGCAACAUAAGAUAAAUUAGAGAUCAUAAAUAGUACAAUAA